AGUGUGGUUGGAAACGUGACAGAGGGAAGACGUAACUCCAAGCGCUUUAUUUCAGGAAGAGAGGAUUCGCAAUGCCACAUGUGCUCAGCGCCGCGCCUGUAGUGGCACGGUGCCUGCCCUCGCACUCGGUCUCGGCACGCAGGUGGAUCAGUCGGAAUGUACGAGGUCGUGUGCUAGCCAUCAGACGUGAAGACCAGAGUGUAUGGGAGAGGAGGGCGCCUCUAGGGCCAUCACAGGUCAGACAGCUGGUCAAAGAUGGAGUCAAGGUUAUUGUACAGCCAUCUAACCGUCGAGCUUACCCGAUGCAGGCUUAUCAAAAUGCAGGCGCAAAAAUACAGGAAGAUAUCUCCGAAGCGCCCGUUGUCAUAGGUGUCAAACAAAUACCCAUUGAUCAGCUAUUACCCAACCGCACGUACUGUUUCUUCUCGCAUACUAUAAAAGCACAGGAGGCAAAUAUGCCCCUACUGGAUGCUAUUCUAGAAAAGAACAUCAGACUGAUCGACUACGAGCGGAUGUGUGACGAGCGGGGCCAGAGAGUGGUCGCCUUCGGAAAAUACGCGGGUGUUGCGGGAAUGAUCAAUAUCCUCAAUGGGCUUGGACUCCGACUCCUUGCUUUGGGUCACCACACGCCUUUUAUGCAUAUUGGACCUGCACAUAACUACCGCAACACCGAAAUGGCGAGACAGUCCAUUCGUGACACAGGCUACGAAAUAUCCUUGGGAAUGAUGCCCAAGUCCAUUGGUCCGUUGACUUUCGUCUUCACUGGAACUGGAAACGUGUCCCAAGGAGCACAGGAGAUAUUCCAGGACCUUCCUCAUGAAUACGUCAGCGUCCAGGCUCUCAAGAAGGUCUCCGAGCAUGGAUCGCUGAAUAAAAUGUACGGGUGUGAAGUCAGUCGCCAAGACCAUCUGGUGAGGAAGGACGGAGGCAAAUACGAUGCUGUUGAGUACGAGGAACACCCAGAGAGAUACAUUUCAGUUUUUGCGCACAAAAUUGCCCCAUAUGCGUCAGUGAUCGUGAACGGCAUAUACUGGGCUGUGAACUCUCCCAAGUUAUUAACAAUUCCGGAUGCAAAGUACCUUCUACAACCAGUAUACACGCCCUGGCUUCCUAUAUCGAUCGGCUCCCCGGCCUUACCGCACCGCAUGUUGGCCAUCUGCGACAUCUCAGCUGAUCCCGGCGGCUCCAUCGAGUUCAUGUCCGAGUGCACGACCAUCGACACACCCUUCUGCCUGUACGAUGCUAACCAGAAUAAAGACACGAACAGCUUCAAAGGGCCUGGCGUUCUCGUAUGCAGCAUAGACAACAUGCCGACGCAGCUGCCACGCGAGGCGACCGAUUUCUUUGGCUCUCUCCUCCUGCCCUACAUGUACAGUAUCUUGCAGUCAGAGGUUUCGAAGCCGUUUGAGGAGCAUAACUUCAGUCAUGAGGUUCAUCAGGCAGUAAUCACAAGUGGCGGAUCCCUGACCCCGAACUUCCAGUAUAUAUCAGACCUACGAGCACAGAAUAAAAGAGCGACAAGCAAAGCAGCCUUCGACAUUGCAAGCAAGGCGAAAAAGGCCCUGGUUCUUGGGGCUGGCUACGUGUCGGCGCCGCUGGUUGAGUACCUCGCUCGCGAUUCGAACACAGGCAUUGUUGUUGCCUCUGGGUUGAAGGAUGAAGCCGACGCCUUGGCAGAAAAACAUUCCAACGUGGAGCCCGUUCUUCUGGAUGUGGUGGAACGACCAGACCUUCUGGCGGAUCUUGUGAAGGACACCGACGUCGUGGUGUCUCUCCUUCCUUAUACCCUCCAUCAUGAGGUGGCUAAGCAUUGUAUCAAGACAAAGACUAACAUGGUCACAGCUUCCUACUGUACGCCAGCCAUGAAGGAAUUACACGAGGCAGCCGUUGAUGCUGGUAUAACUGUUGUCAAUGAAGUUGGCCUAGAUCCUGGUAUUGAUCAUUUGUACGCACUUGAAUGUUUCGAAGAGGUGCACAGAGGAGGUGGCAAGAUCGAAUCUUUUGUGUCUUUCUGUGGUGGUCUUCCAGCUCCUGAAUUUUCAGACAAUCCUCUUCGCUACAAGUUCUCUUGGAGCCCGAGAGGUGUCCUCCUUAACACUCUAGCUGGAGCAAAGUACCUAGAGCAAGGAAAGGUUGUGGAAGUUGCACCAGGAGGUUCUCUUCUGGACACAACUGAGGACUUCUCAUUCCUCCCUGGUUUAGCCCUCGAAGGGUUCCCCAACCGGGAUUCCACAGUUUAUGGUAACCUGUAUGGUAUCACAGAAGCCCAGACCAUCUUGAGGGGUACACUGCGCUACAAGGGCUUCUCUGAGGUGGCGAAGGCUCUGAUUAAACUCGGACUCAUUGAUCCUAACCCACAUCCGAUGCUACAUCAUGGAGGACCUGAUAUUACAUGGAAACAAUUGAUAUGUACCUUGCUGGGCCAAAUGGAUACUAAUAUCUUCCCUGACAACCUAAGGGCUCUCGUUGCCGAAUGCGUUGACAAUGAUUCUCAACUGGCUGGCAUUGAGGCUCUGGGACUGCUGACUGACGACCCUGUGGUUAAGUGUGUCACUCCUCUGGAUACCCUCUCCCACUACCUGUCGAAGAGGCUAGCACUACAACCUGGAGAACGCGAUCUGAUUGUGCUGCGGCACGAAGUGACCAUCAACUGGCCUGAUGGCGGAAAGGAGCUCCGAGGAAUCAACUUGGUGUGCUACGGAGACCCCACAGGAUACUCAGCGAUGGCGAAGACGGUGGGUUAUCCAGCAGCUAUUGCUACAAAGAUGGUGCUGGAUGGCGAGAUCCAAGGCAGGGGAAUGGUGCUGCCGUUUACUCGUGAUAUUUACCUUCCCAUCAUAUCCAGACUUAGGGAUGAGGGCCUGGCAGCCACAGAAAAAUCUGUCUGGCUAUAAGGUUUCCUCAUGAACUGUGUUGUCUACAGAAGUUCAUUUCAUAUACCAAUAAGAAUGUGUCCUGAAUAGUAAGCCCUUAUAGUUCACGACAUUACCCCUUUGAUAAACUAAGAAAGCUCAUCUAUAAUUCCUUAUUUAACAAAGUUAAUCACUGACGAUUAAAAAUGGCAUUGCAUAAAGAGCUAUUAAUGUUCUAUAAUAGCUAAACUUCAACCUCAUAGUGAAAGUUAUCCAAAUUUUCUGAUGUUCCUUGAAUUAGGUUCUGCAUGUCAGAGUAUGUGUAGUGAAUGUUACCCAGGAACACAUAUUUGAUCAGUAUUUUGUCUGCAGAAAGCAGCAUUCUUUAUUUUUUUUUCAGAAAUAAAGUGUCCUUUUUUUAUGCUAAAGAUUACACAAAAAAAAUGCUCGAAUUAUGUAUAGUAUCAGGAAAUUUGCUCACCUAUAGUAUAUAGAUUUAUGUGUUAUAGUCUGUAUCAUUCAAUAUAUACAUAUGUAUGAAUAUAAUCACACACAAAGCUUGUGUACAAAGAUAAAAUGAAACAACUACAAUAGGAAAGAAACAGUGUAAGUUUCUUGCAUCGACUUCAUAUAUAUGGAGUAUACUUUAGAAAAAAAUAGAUGAAAAUGAGGUAGAAUACACAAAAUUCAGAGUAAAUUAUGUAACUAUAUAAUUUACUUUUUGAUAUUUUUGACAAUAUUCUUACCUUUAACCUAGGUAGCCUUCCUUGAUUAGACACUAAGUGUCUUUAAAUGGAAGUGUUUUUCAUUGGUUAUCUGUGCAAGCAAGAGAAAAAAAAAAGAUAAUUUGAAAUGCACAGUUUCUAAACCUCUCAAAUGUUUUAGUCGUUACUCUUGACCAUAAGUUUAUCAUACAUACUGUAUGUUUCUUGAACAUUUCAAAUGCAUAAAUUGUGAAUCUAACUGUAGACUACUUAGUUGAUGGAUCUUUCAUCAGUUAAUGGCAAAACAAAUGUAAAAUGAUAGGCAAGGUUUAUGUAAGUAAUGUACUACUGAACUUAGUAUUGCUGAAUAGCUCACAGUACAAUAUAUUUUUUAUCAUUGUUUGACAGUAGGAUAAUAUUUGUUAUCUGAUUGAUAAUAAACCACAAAAUACAUG